AUGGCCACCGCGGACAUCAAGGUCGACAUGCAGGAGAAGGCGCAGCCCCGCUCUGCGAUGCCCGCCGCUGCCUGGGUGGCGAUCGGCGCGCUCUCCGCGCUCUUCCUCGGUACCCUCGGCUGGGCCAUCGGCGCCACCGCCGAGUGGCAGCAGGCCAAGGACAUGAACGUCCCGGAGAACUUCCGGUCGUUCCAGAAGCUCACCGACCCCUGGACGUACGGCGACAUCCUCGGUCCCCAGAUCUGGGGCGGGCUGUGCGAGACGGGCGUCUCGCAGACCCCGAUCGACCUCGCGAUCCCGGCGACGGUGGGCGACAAGGCGGGCGCACCGAUGACGCUGAACUGGGCGGAGCCGGGCUUCAAGCUGGACGGCGAGGUGGUCGACUCCGGGCACGGCACGAUGCAGAUCAACUUCGCGGCGGGCGGCACGCUGACCAAGUCGACCGGCGAGGUGUACCAGCUGGCGCAGAUCCACUGCCACGGCCCCUCGGAGCACCUGCGCGACGGCCGCGGCUCGCACAUCGAGUGCCACUACGUCCACCUGCGCGACAACCAGGGCGCCACGGAGAUCGCCGUCGUCGGCGUGUUCCUCAACGGCAACGGCAACGGCAACCCGCUGAUGCAGAUCAUGCUCGACAACGCCCCCGCCAAGCUCACGAGCUACUCCGAGAUGUUCGAGGCGGAGGUCUACACCAAGGACGACAUCCCCGGCGCCGACCACUCGCACCGCAAGCUCCUCGGCGGCGCCAAGAACCCGGGCAUCCCCGUGCAGGGCAUCGAGCCCGCCACGAUGCUGCCGACCAACCGCCGCGUGGCGACCUACUCGGGCUCGCUCACCACGCCGCCGUGCACGGAGGGCGUGUCGUGGUUCGUCAUGACCGAGGACGUGACCGCGUCCGCGGCCCAGGUCGUCGCGUUCCUCGACUACGUCGGCAACACGGAGAUCGCCGUCAACAACCGCCCCGUGCAGCCCCUCAACGGCCGCAAGGUGGAGUUCCACUCCGGCUAA